GAUCUCGAACCUCCGCACCGAGCCACCCUCGCUCCGCUCGCCGCCGCUGGGUCGCGGUCUCUCGGCCAUGGCCUCCAUCCUCUGCCGGGUCCAGUUCCUGGAGGACUCGGACCCGUUCAUCUGCACCAACUUCCCCGAGCCCCGGAGACCUCCGACCGUGAAGGUGGAGGAGAACCUGCCGCUGAGCGAGCAGCUCCGCGGGAUCCACUCGCUGCUGCAGGCGCCGCUGAAGCUGGAGGAGUGCACUCUGCAGUUGUCUGAUAAUGGAAACUAUCUGGACCUGGACUCGUCUCUGUCGGAGCAGAGAGACGAGCUGGAGAGUUUCUACGAAGACGUGAACAAAGGAAAGAAGCCGAUCCUGAUCCUGAGGACUCAGCUCUCCGUCCGUGUUCACUCCAUCCUCGAGAAACUGUACAACUCUCAGGGUCCAGACCUCCGACGCGCUCUGUUCUCUCUCAAACAGCUUUUCCAGGACGAUAAGGACCUGGUUCCAGAGUUCGUGGCGUCUGAAGGUUUGACAUGUUUCAUUCAAGUCGGAGCCGAGGCCGACCACAACUACCAGAACUACAUCCUGAGAGCUCUCAGUCAGAUCAUGCUCUUUGUGGACGGGAUGAAUGGAGUGAUCAACCACAACGAGACGGUUCAGUGGCUCUACUCUCUGACAGGAAGUCUGUCUCGUCUGACGGUGAAAACGUCUCUGAAGCUUCUCAUCGUGUUUGUGGAAUACGCCGAAUCCAACAGUCCUCUGCUGAUCCACGCUGUGACCACGGUGGACACACGCAGAGGUGUGAAGGCGUGGAGUUAUGUGAUGGAGGUUCUUGAGGAGAGGAACGGCUCCGACACGGAGCUGCUCAUGUUCACCAUGACGCUCAUCAACAAGACUCUGGCGGUCCUUCCUGAUCAGGACUCGUUCUACGACCUCACCGACAGUCUGGAGCAGCUGGGGAUGGAAGACAUCAUCCACAAGCACAUGAACAACAAGACGACCGAGACCGACCUGCGAGCUCAGUUCACUGCGUACGAGGCAGCGCUGAGAAAGGAGGACGGUGAGGUCGAUGACUCCGCCCCUAACCUUCGUAAAGAAAGAAGAAAGAUGGCGUCCAGCGACCAGGAGGGACGGAGGAGCCGCCGCUCGUCCAGUCAGAACCUCCCCGACCUCCUGUCUUCCUCUGCAGGCUCCUCCCCCUGCACCUCGCCCGUCCCCCCCGUCUUCUCGCCCUCCACCGCCAACACCCCCGUCUCCCCCAGCAUCUCCUCCGCCUCCUCCUGCAGCCCCACGGCGGGACUGGGCAGCAGGGCGGAGUCUCCGCUGACCUCCGAGACCGACAGUCCCGCCUCCAGCCCGUCCGGGUCCCAGAGAGCGUCUCCACUGCCCCCCCACACCGACGCCAACGGCCCCGUGACCACAGAGCAGGACGCCAAGUCGCCAACCAGCGCGAGUCGCUCUUUCCUCAGCCACCACAUGUCGGCGCUGGGUCUCAGCAGGAGGUCCCGGCUCUUCUCCAAAACCAGCUCCAUCUCUGAGGAGCCUCCAGCGGCCGGCAGCUCGUCCUCCACAGACGUCGUCUCUCAGGACAGGUCGUCCCCGGUCAGUCCAGAGCAGUCGAGCACCAAGACGGAGACGAAGAGCGGAUUCAACUCUGGGGAGUCUGACCAGCUCUUCUGCUCAGAGGAGUGUAAUGUAAAUCAGGACAAGCCGGUUUUGAGGAGGUUUGAAGGUAACUUCCUGCGCAGCCUGGCCGCGACGCAGUGGGAGAAGAAGAGAAGAAGUAAAGACUUGAGCAAGUCCAGGCUGUCCUCGUCUGAUGACAUCAUCACCCCGAGCUUUCGGCCCGCCGCCGCGGAGGAGGAGGAGGAGGAAGGGGGCGGGGCCACAGAGUCGUCACGUCACGAUGCGUCUUCACAGCGUCCGUGCAGCACGCUCUCCAACGACAAGAAGUUCGUGCUGGACAUGCUCUACUCCAAGACCGCUGCCGAGGCCCCUCCCACCGGGGAGGAGCCAGCGAGCGUCCAGGCUGGCGGAGCAGAGCAUGGCGGUCGGGGGCGUGUCCUGGAGCGUCUGUCCAGCUUCACAGCGCGAGCAGUGGAGCCGCCGCCCGCCUCCGAGAGCAGCGCCUCCCGCAGGGCGGAGCUGGAAGGGCUGGAGGGAUCCGCCCAGGCCGCGCUGGCCCGACUGGCCGAGGAACGAAAGAACCGUUUGGUCCGGCAGCAGAGCAGCGUGGACGUGGAGGGCCCGGCCCGCCGCCUGGACGCCACCCACAUGACCCCCGGGGGUCACGGGGGUCACGGGGGUCCCUCCGACGCCUGGGACCAGCUGCAGCCGAGCGCCGCCGCCCUGCGCAUCAAAGACCUGGACUUCUCCGACCUGCUGGACGAGGAGGACAUCGACGUGUUGGACUUGGACUCGCUCGACUCCACCUCCGCCUGCUUGACUGGAGUCCCUCCCCCACCCCCUCCUCCCCCAGGCAUGGCUCCACCCCCUCCUCCUCCCCCGCCUCCUCCACCCCCCGGGGGCAUGGCUCCGCCCCCACCGCCUCCCCCUCCUCCAGGUGCUCCUCCUCCCCCCUCGUCCUCGGCGGCGGCGUCCUCUCAGAAGAAGAAGACGGUGAAGUUGUUCUGGCGAGAGCUGAAGCAGGCGGACAAGCCGGAGAAGUGUCGGUUCGGCCGCGGGACGGUGUGGGCGUCGCUGGACAAAGUGGCGGUGGACACGGCUCGCCUGGAACACCUGUUUGAGUCCAAAGCCAAAGAGCUGCACGUCGCCAAGAAAGCUCCCGAGACCAAGAAGUCUGAGAUCCAGGUUCUGGACUCGAAGAGAAGCAACGCCAUCAACAUCGGGAUGACGGUGCUGCCCGCCGUGCACGUCAUCAAGACCGCCAUCCUCAACUUCGACGAGUUCGCCAUCAGCAAGGAGGGAAUAGAGAAGAUCCUGACCAUGACCCCGACGGACGAGGAGAAGCAGAGGAUCCAGGAAGCUCAGCUGGCCAAUCCCGACGUCCCGCUGGGCUCGGCCGAGCAGUUCCUGUUCAGCCUGGCGUCCAUCAGCGCCCUGACCCCCCGCCUGCAGCUGUGGGCGUUCAAGCUCAACUACGAGGCGCUGGAGAAGGAGAUCGCCGAGCCGCUGUUCGACCUGAAGCUGGGCAUGGAGCAGCUGGCGUCCAAUCAGACCUUCAGGAGGAUCCUCGCCACGCUGCUCGCCAUCGGGAACUUCCUGAACAGCUCCAGCGCUAAAGGCUUUGAGCUGGGCUACCUGGAGAAGGUGGUGGAGGUGAAGGACACAGUUCACCGUCAGUCUCUGCUCCAUCACACCUGCAACCUGGUGGUGGAAAAUUACCCAGAAUCCUCAGACGUCUACUCGGAGGUUCCCGCCAUCACCCGCUCUGCCAAGGUGGACUUCGAGCUGCUCGCCGAGAACCUGGUGCAGCUGGAGAGACGCUGCAAAGCAUCAUGGGAAAACCUGAAGGUGGUCGCCAAACACGAGACCAAGGCGCUGCUGAAGAACAAGCUGACGGAGUUCCUGAAGGACUGCACGCAGAGGAUCAUCAUCCUGAAGGUGGUGCACCGCAGGGUCAUCAACAGGUUCCACUCCUUCCUGCUCUUCCUGGGUCAGCCCUCCUCUUCCAUCAGAGACAUCAAGGUCACGAGCUUCUGUCGCAUCAUCAGCGAGUUCUCUCUGGAGUACCGGACGACCCGGGAGCGAGUGCUCACGCUGAAACGGAAACGAGCGACUCACCGCGAGAGAACCAAGACCAGGGGCAAGAUGAUCACCGAGACGGAGAAGUUCUCGGGGGCGGUGCCUCGUCCGGACAGCCCCUCCCAUGUGUCCUCGCCGACGGAGGCGGAGCUAGCUCAGGAGGAGGAGCAUGAGAACAUGAAGAACCUGCUGGUCAGCAGCGACCUCAGUCUGAGUGUCGACUCCAGAGGCCUGAGGCGCUCAAGAGCCGUCCGCAGUAUGGGCCGGGUGAGUCCGUGUCAGCUGUCUGGAGCCAGAGACGACGGGACCAGCUCCCAGGACGACGCCACCGACGAGAUCAUGGACCGACUCGUCAAGUCCGUUACCCAGAAUCCCUCAGUCCGAGCAUCAAGCCCCAAGACGCGAGCCCGCUCCCGAGUCAACAGGAAGUCACUGCGCAGGACCCUGAAGGGCGGCCUCAGUCUGGACGUGGUUCAGGCUCUGGGACUCAACAGCAAGACGGGAGACAGAGUCUGAUCGUCAUCGAUUAAAGAGACUGGACUCAGCUGAUCAGAUGAGAGGCUCCGCCCACCGACAGGAAGGACUGAUUCAAACUGAACAAACUUUAUUGUCAACACUGUUCAUGUGGAAACCGUUAAAAACCAGAGAAUCAGUUUCAUUCCGACACAGUGUGUGGUUUUAUCACAUGUAAAUGUGAUUAUAUUAGCAUGUUGAACAACAGCAGGUGAUUCACACAGACACACAAAACACCGUGCAACACACACAAAUACACACACUGAAUUACACGUACUCAGCUGUUUUUAUUUUUUUUUAACUACACAAACUAGUUUUUAACACACAAAAUUCACAAGUUUCAAUGUUUCACUAAAAGUUAUUUUUUUAUUGAUCUCACGUUACUGACACACACACACAAACACACAUGCACACACACACACACACACAUACACAUUAAAGACAAACUUUAAAAUGUUUGAUAUUUAAAACACACGUUAAGUUAAAGUUUUAGCAACAAUCUCUUUCACCAACAUUUCACUAAAGUCUGAGUCUGAAUCCAACUGAAUGUAAAUCGUGUUUUAAAAUGAAAUCAUUGAUCGAUACUUUUAUUGAUUCAGCUGAUAAAUAAAAACUAAAGCAGGAAACUGAGGAACUGAGACUUUUAAAAAUCUGAUCUAAUGAUCAUUUUAAUACAGAAUGUAAAUAUGAAUGAAAAGAAUGUAUAAUAAAAAAUUAUUUUACUGAAGUGUGUGCUGGAAAUAUCAUCUAUUACCACUAGAGAGAUUCAGACUCGGACCAGGUGAGACGUCGCCUUUACAACCAAGCUGCUGUGUCACCGUUCACAAACACACACACACACGCAGACACACACACACAAGCACACACAAACACACACGCACACAAACACACACGCACACACACACUACAUGUCACAAAACAAAUUAGAAUAAAAUCACUAAUGUGGAACAAAACAGUUCAACAUGUCACUGUCACUGCUUUAGCCCUGUGUGUGUGUGUGUGUGUUUGUGUGUUUG